AUGCAUAUUGUAUUUUUAUUGUUAUUUAUUCUGCACGAAGCUACAUCUAUUUCUAAUAUUUCAACUCCACAAGUAAUUUCUUUUGAGCAAACAACCAUUACUGUGCAAGAAGCCACCACCAAACAAGCACAAACUCCAUUGAGAGAAGAUAGUGUAAUGAAGGAAGAAACGCCAGUAAAACAAGAAGCAACUGUGAAACAAGUAACACUGGUGACAGAAGAAACUUUUGCAAUUAAAGAGACUCCAACAAGGCCACAAAAUACCGUGAAAACUCCAGGAACGCAAAACGCUACAAAAACUGCUAAACUACAAGCUCAGCAAGAAAUUUCUACCAAACAAACAUCUAAAGAAGCAACUACUCGCAAACCUGUUAGCUUUGUAGCGUUGAAACAAUGUGCGAAAAGCAUAACUAUUCAGGAUGAUUAUGAAAGUGAGGACAUGUUAGAAAUCGUUCGUCCACGAAUAGAACCAUCAAGAUGUAAAGACAACGAGCCUGAUUUGUGCAAAAUCUUAUUCGGAAUUCCUCCACAUAUUGCUGCAAAUAAUCUUAAUCAAACGAAAGACUUUAGAGUUUCAAGUAAUUGUUAUGAACCACAUUUAGCCAAGAUGGCUCUGGAUUUUUGCAUAUCGUCAUGUGCAAUGUGUUGUAAUAGCAAACAAUUCGAUUGUGAAGAUGUUGAUGUUGAAGAGGAAUGUCAGUUAAUACUUAAGGCAGAGCUUUGCAACCAUUCAUUCAUGGCUAAAGAAGCACUACGAAGGUGUCCCUACACGUGUGGUCUGUGUGAUGUAGACGGAGCAGGUGACACUUGCGCAGACUUGUUGACUAACUGUGAUUUUUUUACAAAUGUUAUAAGCUGUGAGGAUGAACAUAUGCGGAAAAACUGUAUGAGGACAUGUGAAAUCGACACGUGCAUUACAAGUAAGUAA